AUGGACGCUAUGAGCCUGGCCUUAUGCAUAGCUGCUCAGUCACCAUUUUUAGAUGACAUUGAACAGGCCCUAAUGCCGAGCAGAUUUACGCACCCACCAUUCAACUCUUAUGAUGGGAAGACAAACCUAGUAAAGCACGUCAGCCACUAUAUCCAGAUAAUGUCCUUGCACACUCACAAUGACGCGCUGAUGUGUAAGGUAUUUCCUUCAAGUCUCGGGCCUACUGCUUUGAGAUGGUUUAAUGGAUUACAAAAGGGUUCCAUUCACAGUUUCGCCGAGUUGAUUCAAGAGUUCGGUGUCCGGUUUGUAACUUGUAGCCGGGUCCCGCAACCAGUAGACACAUUACUAUCCAUGAAGAUGAGAGUAGGGGAAACCCUUCGCAGCUACACCAGUCAAUAUCGGGAACUCUACAAUGAGAUUGGUGGGGAUAAUGAGAAAAUUACGAUGAGCACCUUUAGAAUGGGGUUGCCUGAAGACUCUGAAUUGCAUGAGUCAUUGACGAGGAAGCCUCCUGAGGAUAUAAGGCAACUUAUGAGGUGCAUUGUGGAGUACAAAUACUUAGAGGAUGACUGGCUGCAGAGCAAAGGAAAAGCGCCGAUGAUGAGUUGUCCUCUGCAGGGCGGCUUUUAG